UUGAAGUUAUAUUCAAUAAACCAAACCUUCAAACCUUAGUAUCUGAAUUCUAAUUGUCAACACACACACACACACACACCAACCCUCACAAAGUUAUAGCGCUUCUCUUUGGGUUGUAAAUUGCCAAUGGUACUCUUGGUACAGAAAUUUGCAAAACUCUACACCAAGCUGGAGAAUCACCACCACCAUCACACUCACACUCACAAAGACCGUGAUCACCAUCAAUCUGAUGAAUUAUCAGCUUCCCUGCAGGCAUUUCGAUCUGAAGUUUCAACAUUCAUUGGCCAAUUAGCAUUGGAUUUGAAACCCGGAUCAGAGAUCCUGUCCUUGUCCUGGAUUGAAAAAUGUUUUGGUCUCUUAUCUAUCACAAAUAAGGCUUUUGCAAAGCUUGUUGUGGAUAUAGAUUACCCAAUGAGUAUAUGGGAGGUUGAUUCUAUUGAAAGGUAUCUCAGCUAUAGCUUGUGUUUGGUGGAGCUUUUCAAUUCCAUUUCUUCUUCUCUUUCUCAUCUUGGACAAGCUCGGCUAUCUCUGUCUCAUGGUUUGACACUGUUGGAGAAUUCACCAUCUUUGGCCACAAGGCAUCUCAAAGCAAUUCAGCCAGGUUGUUUUAGCAACAAUUUUGGUAAAGAGUUUUACACAGAAGAUGAUAAAGCAAGUAUUUUCUCUGGCAAGGAAAGGGUUGUUGAUGAAGCUGUGAAGGAAAUGAAGAGUAUUGGGUUCUGGGUAUGUGGGAUUCUGUUGUCUGGUUUGUGCAGUGAUGGUAAGCCAUACAUGGAGCUUAGGAAAAUGGCAGGUGGGUUUGAUGGUUCUUCAAUUCUCACACUUGAUUCCAAAAUCUGUGAAGAGUUGAUGGAGAAAACUCCUAUGUUAAAGGAGGUAAAAGAGAUAAAUGAUGCUGUUGCUGAUCUUCUUGAAGCUUCAGAUGAAGUGAAACAUGAUGCAGCCAAGGAAUUGCAGACAAAGCUGCACGUGUUCGAGAAGCUAUCCGAUGUUGUAAAAACGGGGGUGGAUGAAAUGUUUAGCAAGGUAAUGACUCAGAGAAGUGAUUUAAUUGAUUGUUUUCGACAGAAGGAAACAACCCUGAAAAUCCGUUGCUCGAUUUCCCAUGUGAAGAUGAAUAAGCCGUAAGUUUUGUAAUGUUUUUAAAUUGUAUAAUUCUCAUCCAGUCAUGUAAAUACUAAAUAGUGGUGAUUUCUUUGUACUUUAGUAGUAUAAUGUCUAUAAAGAAUAGUCAAAUAUACGAUUCAAAAUG